CUCCCCAUCACGCCCCAUCCCCCAGCCUCCCCACCACUCAAAGCUACAAAAAUGGGACUCGCUCGCCACUCCCAACAGAUGCCCUGCCUGCUGUCUUGCCUGCUUCUGCUGUCUCUACUCUCCUUAGGUUCUGCUGUCGUGGAUCCCACCUGGACCCAGCUGGACGCCCCCGGGACCCACGAGGACUUGGUGCACCCCUGCCUGAGGAUAUGCCAGAAAGGGGACCAGCGGGUGUGCUUCUAUAAGUUAACGGUGGAGCACUACAGCACCAUGGGGGAAGCCUGCGGGGACUGUCCCUUCACCCCGGGGGACUGCGGGCGGCCGGGGUGCGUGGCUGCGGACGGCAUGACGCGAAAACUGGUGACCGCUAACCGUAGACUGUCCGGGCCGAUCAUACAUGUGUGUCAGGGGGACGAGGUGGAGGUGGAGGUGGAGAACAGGCUGGAAGUGGAGGGGACAUCGAUCCACUGGCACGGUAUCCACCAACACGGCACUCCCUAUAUGGACGGUGUGCCCCACCUGACCCAGUGCCCAAUCUUACCUGGCGACACCUUCAAGUACAAAUUCACCGCCCACGAGCCUGGCACUCAUUACUGGCACUCCCACUCAGGGUUCCAGCGCACUGACGGGCUGUUCGGCUCUCUCGUGGUGCACCAGGCGGCCAGCACCGACCCCCACGCCCACCUGUACGACACUGACCUCCCCCAGCACCUGCUCGUCCUCACCGACUGGCUCAAGGACCUCAGCCACAUCCUCUACGACAGCCUUCACCUGGCCCCGGACGAAGAUAAGCCCCACAACAUCUUGGUGAACGGCAAGGGACCGUACCAGGCGUUCAAGAAGGGGAGGGAGGAGGAGGCGUUCACCCCCCUGCACGAGGUCACCGUUACGCCUGGUACACGCCACAGGUUCAGGGUGAUGAGCAACAGCGUGAGGAACUGCCCCAUUGUGGUGUCGGUGGACCAGCACAAGUUACUCAUCAUAGCCUCGGACGGACACCCAAUCCAGCCCGUGGAAGUCGAGUCGUUCACAAUCUACGGCGGCGAGCGUUGGGACUUCGUGCUGACGGCUGACCAGGACCCGGGGGCCUACUGGAUGAAGUUUCAGGGUGUGAUGCAUUGCGGCACGCGGCACAAGUCAGCAUACCAGGUGGGCGUGUUGAGGUAUGAAGGGGCGAAGGGGUACCCAGGAAGCGUGAAGCGGAUGACAUACCUUUCCACUAUACGGAAGGGAUAUACGAUCAACACCAUGGACGCUGCCCCGGGUGACCUGACCUUCCUCACGGCUGCCGAGGUUCGCGCCCUGACCCCCGCGCAGGAUGACAUCGCGCGCGCCCCCGACCACACUUUCUACCUCACCUUCGACUUCUACAUGGACAAGAGCACCUCCCACAUCAAGGUCCAAAUGAACGGUAUCACCUUCGUCCUGCCCCCCGCCCCGCCGCUCUCCCAACCCGAGUCAAUCAACGCCUCCGCCUUCUGCUCGGCCGAGGACAGAGGGGAAUGCGGGGAUGAGGGAGUCUGCUCCUGCACACACCUCCUCAGCGUUGAUAUGGACAGCCUGGUGGAGGUGGUGCUGGUGGAUCAGAGCUACGUCAACCACCCCUUCCAUAUCCACGGGCUCGCCUUCUACGUUAUUGCGAUGGGACAGCUGGGGGAUGAGGCCACGGUGGAAAGGUUUCAGGAGUUGGACGCGGCGGGGGAGGUCCAGCGGAACUUCGAUCACCCCCCCCUGAAGGAUACGGUCACGGUGCCCAGCGGGGGGUAUGUGGUCAUCAGGUUCUUCGCCAACAACCCAGGUUACUGGCUGUUCCACUGUCACCUGAGUUUCCACGUGGAGAUGGGCAUGUCCCUCGUGUUCCGUGUGGGGGAUGACUCCAUGCUGCCCCCCGUGCCCGAAGGCUUCCCGCGCUGCUGACCACAGACUUAAGACGACUCCUACCCAGCGUGCCAGAUUGUCGUACUCAGCCUCCUAUGUUUGCCUAUUUCCGACCCAAAAGAUGCCUCCUCGACCCCAAUAACUGCCUUCAUAUAGAGUUAUCGUUAAAGUGGUUAAUUAUUGGUGCUUUUGGCAAUAGCUAUGGCUCAGAAACCGGUAAAUACGAGCCUCUGAGUACGAUAAUCUGGCAAUGGUGCUCCUACCCAGCGUGCCAGAUUGUCGUACUCAGCCUCCUAUGUUUGCCUAUUUCCGACCCCAAAACUGCCUCCACGACCCCAAUAACUGCCUUCAUAUAUAGUUAUCGUUAAAGUGGUUAAUUAUUGGUGCUUUUGGCAAUAGCUAUGGCUCAGAAACCGGUAAAUACGAGCUCUGAGUACGAUAAUCUGGCAAUGGAGCUCCUACCCAGCGUUGCCAAAUUGUCGUACUCAUCGCAUUUAAUUUUCGUAGUUGCUGACCGAUAACUCUGACAACAAAGAACGAAAAGCAUCAGUAUUCAACAGUUUUAGCGCCGACUUUGAUUUCCGAACGUUAGUUAUGUAGGUACGGGAGUUUGGGGCAUAAAAAUGAUAGAUGCGAUGUGGUUAAUACGAUAAUUUGGCAACGCUGCUCCUACCUCACUUUUGACUCUCAUAACAUGUCCCCAAAAGCCAAAGAGGAAAUUGGGUUUGCAUUUUUUUCUCACGGUCAUGGUACAGAAGCCUUGUCAAACUACCAUUAGGCUGACAAAAUGAUCCAUGGAAAUGCUCACCAACUCCUACGAAAGCCUUGUCCAAUGUGGGUCUCUCUCUCUCUCUCUCUCUCUCUCUCUCUCUCUCUCUCUCUCUCUCUCUAAGCCCCGCCCGAAAUGUAUGAGAAUAUAGGAAAAUAUAGGCCUCUUCUGCUUCCUUCCUCGACGGGCCAAAUUUGUGGCUUUAUCGUGUACCAGCGACGGGCCAAAUUUGUGGCUUUACCGUGUACCAACGACGGGCCAAAUUUGUGGCUUUACCGUGUACCAGCGACGGGCCAAAUUUGUGGCUUCACCGUGUACCAGCGACGGGCCAAAUUUGUGGCUUUACCGUGUACCAACGACGGGCCAAAUUUGUGGCUUUACCGUGUACCAGUGAUGGGCCAAAUUUGUGGCUUUACCGUGUACCAACGACGGGCCAAAUUUGUGGCUUUACCGUGUACCAGCGACGGGCCAAAUUUGUGGCUUUACCGUGUACCAACGACGGGCCAAAUUUGUGGCUUUACCGUGUACCAGCGACGGGCCAAAUUUGUGGCUUUACCGUGUACCAACGACGGGCCAAAUUUGUGGCUUCACCGUGUACCAGCGACGGGCCAAAUUUGUGGCUUUACCGUGUACCAGCGACGGGCCAAAUUUGUGGCUUUACCGUGUACCAGUGAUGGGCCAAAUUUGUGGCUUUACCGUGUACCAGUGACGGGCCAAAUUUGUGGCUUCACCGUGUACCAGCGACGGGCCAAAUUUUUCCAAUGAUAUAAGCCCCCAAAAUAGAUGAUGCAUAAACUGAUCACAAAUACGUUGAUAUAUAUUAUGAAAUGGUUUGCGUGCGUAAUGAUUUUUUUCUCAUUUUUCUCGCUCAGAGGGACCAUUAAGAAACAUGAUCCCUGCAGCUACCGGGUUAAAUAUCCCUCGACAAAGCAUUCAAGUCCUUAUCUUUCUCUUCUUUCACCACCCUCAACACCAUCAUCAGCAGCAAUAGGAAGGACAAGGCAGGUU